AUGAGGAAAUUCAAGGCAGAGCAUGAAGAUACAUGCAGGCUGGGCACGGACACAGGGCAGCUACACGUGCUGGCUUCUGGCCUCGUGCGCCAGGCCCGCGCCUACGCCGAGGCCGCUGCCGCCCCGGCCCCCGCCGCCGGCCCCGGGCAGAUGUCCUUCACCUUCGCCUCGCCCACCCAGGUGUUCUUCCACAAUGCCCUCGUCCGCCAGGUGGAUGUGUCCACGCAGACAGGCUCCUUCGGCAUCCUGCCGUCCCAUGUGCCUACACUGCAGGUCCUGAAGCCUGGGUUGGUAGUGGUCCACGCUGAGGAUGGCACCACCAGCAAGUACUUCGUGAGCAGUGGCUCUGUCACAGUCAACACUGACUCUUCUGUGCAGUUGCUGGCAGAAGAGGCCGUAACGCUGGACAUGCUGGACACUGGGGCAGCCAGGGCGAACCUGGAGAAGGCACAGGCGGAGUUGGCCGGAGCAGCUGACGAGGCCCAGCGGGCGGAGAUCCAGAUCCGCAUUGAGGCCGGUGAGGCCCUGGUGAAGGCCCUGGAGUAG